CAGUCUGAGGCGAACAUCAUGUAGUUUAACACAGACUCUGUGACUUAAAACACUUACACCUCGGUGCUUCUCCCCCCCGUUUGUUCACUCGGAAACUCAUUUGUGUUUUUAAACGUCCAACCGCCAUCAUGUUCCUGCGCGGCUCUAAAAAGCGACGGUCGAACCGCUCGCAGGAGGAAGAGGACCCAGACAGGGGGCAGCCGUGUAUGCGCUGUGGGGACCAGUGCCCCGGCUUCCGCGUCCAUGGCUGGAGGAAGAUCUGCGUGCAUUGUAAGUGUGUGCGAGAGGAGCAUGCCGUGCGCGCUGUGCCGGGUCAGCUGGAAAAGAUGAUGACGAAGCUGGUAUCUGACUUCCAGAGGCACUCCAUCUCCGACGACGACUCGGGCUGCGCCUCCGAGGAGUACGCAUGGGUCCCACCUGGGCUCAAGCCCGAACAGGUAUACCAGUAUUUUAGCUGCCUGCCAGAGGACAGGGUGCCUUAUGUGAACAGUCCAGGGGAGAGGUACCGAAUCAAACAACUGCUGCACCAGCUUCCAGCCCACGACAGCGAGCCUCAGUACUGUAACGCUCUGGACGAGGAGGAGAAGAAGGAGCUGCGUUUGUUCAGCCAGCAGAGGAAAAGAGAGAACCUGGGCAGAGGCGUCGCCAGACUCUUCCCAGUAACUAUGACUGGUGCCAUCUGCCAGCAGUGUGGCAGACAGAUCUGCGGAGGAGACAUAGCGGUGUUUGCCAGUCGGGCGGGACACGGCAGCUGUUGGCACCCUCAGUGUUUCCAGUGUGCCUCCUGCAGCGAGCUGCUGGUCGAUCUGAUCUACUUCUACCAGGACGGACAGAUCUACUGCGGCCGGCACCACGCCGAGAGGCUCAAGCCCCGCUGUCAGGCCUGCGACGAGAUUAUUCUAGCAGAUGAGUGCACAGAGGCAGAGGGAAGAUACUGGCACAUGAAGCACUUCUGCUGUUUUGAGUGUGAGGCUGCGCUGGGCGGCCAGCGUUACAUCAUGAGAGAGAGUCGACCGUACUGCUGCUCCUGCUACGAGUCCCUGUACGCAGAGUACUGCGAUACCUGCGGAGAACACAUAGGUAUCGACCAGGGCCAGAUGACAUAUGAGGGUCAGCACUGGCACGCCGUGGAGUCGUGUUUCUGCUGCGCCCGCUGUCAGCUACCUCUGCUGGGCCGCCCCUUCCUCCCUCGAGGCGGGCUCAUCUUCUGCUCCAGGCCCUGCUCGCUGGGCGAAGACCCCAACAACUCUGACUCCUGCGACUCGGCGCUGCAGAGCAGAACGCCUCAGCAUAGACGCUGCGGGACAGCAGAGAAACACCAGCAGCCACUCUGCGGUUCCCCGCUGCAGCCACCAGAGGGCAUCAGACCCCCUAUAAGUCCUGCAAAAGACUGCAUUCAUACUGCAGUGGAGAACAGAGGUGUCCACUGCACUGCUCCAGUUCAAAACGGAGUUCCUUCACCCAGCGGUCAUCCUCAUCCAAGAGGAUCCUACUCACCUCUUCCUCACAUUCAUCUAGGAAAUGGCUUAGGUCCAUCUUGGCCCAGCGACCUUCCACAUUACAGUUUACUGCCAGGGGAUUGUGGUAUCAAAGCCCCUGUAGGUGGUCUUCAGUUCAAGGGAGAACUCAAUGGAAAUACUGGACUAACUGGUCUUAAUUCAAGCACUAAAGGUUCCUCUGCUGCUAAAGACUGUAGGAACUGGGUGGAAAGGACCAAUGAAGUUAUGCAAGUGUUUCCUCAGAAAAACUCCCAUGUGAACCACCUCAUUUCUCCCGACUCGCCUCCCCUCCUGCCCGACAACCCGUCCAUCCUCCCACCUCCUCUGCCCGUGAAAUCCCGUGACCUGACGCCCCAGGAGUCGCCCCCACCGAACCACCCCCAGCCGGAGGACGGGCCCUCUGAUUCUCCGCCCCCGAUCUCUCGCAGUGGCACAGCCAGGGUCAGCUUCAGAGAGCCAAUCAGCAGCAGCUACUCUGUUGAUGAGGACGAGGAUGAAGACGAGAAUGAGGAGGAGCUGCAAGAGGGCGAGGAAAACGAGCAGGACGAGGAUGAGGUGGAGGGAGGUUUUGGAAGCAGGUUGCAUCUACAAAAAGGCAUCCCACCACAGAUGGAUCUGCUGGAUGGAUCCUCUUACCACCAGCGGAGUUUGCGGCGAGGGUGGAGCCAUUGCCGCAUCCCCUCCGACCCUGCCCUCCACCCGGGAGCAGAGAGGCGCUCCAGGCGCUCGCGGGCCGACCGGCCUCGGCUGGACACUCUGGACUGGAGAGCCGAGAAAGAGCGGGACAAGCGGGGCCCCGCCAAAGCCUCCUCGCUGACCCUCCAGCCAGGCCAGUACAAACACGAAGACUCCUGUUCUACAUGCUCGUCAUCCUCAGACUCAGAGGAAGAGGGCUACUUCCUGGGACAGCCCAUACCUCUGCCCCCGCAGCUGCGAAGGCAGCAACAUGAGGAGGGCAAAGAACAAGAGGGGGAGGACGACAGGGAGGUGCAGAGGGACAGAGGACUGAGAGGCAGCAUACGGCGGAGGAGAGCUCACAGUCUCAGUGCAAAGGACAAAGAUAAAAACUGUGCUAUCUCGUAACGCCAAUCGCUAACAACAUCAGCAAACAGCAUGUUGUUUUCUAAAUUAUGGUGCACAAGAAGAACAGAUGGUCCUUUAUUACUCCGCUGUUCAAGCUGUUUUAUGAUGGUGAUGUUACACCUGCAGACUUCUCCAAAGGUGAACCCCAGCCAUUGUUCCAGACACACUGCUUAGCAAAGGGAAGCAGAAAAACCUCAGAGAAGUCACCACUUCAGCUUCAUGCCUUUGACUUCUGAAUUGUUGGACUUUGAGAUGUUACAGUGUAGAAAAUGUAUGUAUGAAUCAUGUGAGUAGUGAUGAAUGUGGAGUGAUUAUUAGUAUCAUUUAUGUUUAGAUUAUACUUUAACAUCCAAGGGAGGAUUCACACCUGUGCUACAGUUUGUUUGAACAUGAACGGACGUGAACCUGAAGUGAAAUUUUACUGCUUUUUAACAUCACCUUCAUUUGCAUAUGCAGACUUACAGUAGACCAGGAACAGACUGCUCACGCCUCCAUCACUGGUUUGGAAAAGGAAUGUUAGAUAUGUAAUUUUUAACUCUACUGUAACCAUUGUCCUGUGCUCCUAUGUGCAAUUGUUAUAUGGCUGUAAUAUAUUACAGUUGAUGAAUACUGAAUGGACAAAUAUUAUGGGAUGGAGUGUUACGAGUGUGGUAGUUCUGUGCUUUGAAAAUCAAAAGGAGUGUCAAGGUAUCACUCCUUGGAGGUGAAGUUUGAUGUGUGUGUUGUAUGCUCCAAAUGAAAGACUGCAAAGUUUGUAUACAGUUAUGUCUUUAAUCAAAAAAACACUUUAAGGUCAUUUAUUUUUAUAUACUUGUGUUGGUGUUGGUCGCUGUUCUUUCUUCUUCUAUUUCGGGCAAAAGGAAGAGAUAGUUUCUGUUUCUUUGAUUGUUUAACGGUGAUAUUAAAUUUGUCUAA